CUAAGUUCUCACCCCUCACUGAAAAACACAUCAUACAUUUCAUAGGCGCCCUCUCUCUCUCUCUCUCUCUCUCUCUCUCUCUCUCUCUCUCGCUCUCUCUCUAACGAGCAAAGCUGAUAAGAACGGGGGAGUCUUUCCAAAUUCCUGCUCCGCUCUCUCUUUCCCAAUUUAAAAAUACACAGGUUUUGCUGUUUCCGCUCUCCACAUUGGCGCUCUCAGUUGCAAAAAGAUCUCUGUUCUCCUUAGUGAGAUUGCAAUUAUCGGAUAUGGCAACAACUGCUGCUUCCAGCCUGCAAAUGGCAACUGCCAGACCGUGCAUUUCUUCUUCUUCUCGAAGAGCUUUCGGGUCAAGUUCUAAAAUGCUUAAUGGAAAUUUUAAGGUGGCUUCAUGGUCCAAGCUUUCGAGUACACGUCAUACAUCAUCUGUACAAUCUUUCCAACGUUGCUUCACAUCAUCAUCUAUGAAAAUGGAUAAGUUUGUUACAAGGGCAAUGGCUGGAGCUAGUGAAAACAAGCCUGUCUCGGGGUUGCCAAUUGAUUUGAAAGGAAAGAGAGCAUUUAUUGCUGGUGUAGCAGAUGAUAAUGGAUAUGGUUGGGCAAUCGCAAAAUCUCUAGCUGCUGCAGGUGCUGAAAUCCUUGUGGGAACGUGGGUGCCUGCUUUGAACAUUUUUGAGUCCAGCCUGCGACGUGGAAAGUUUGAUGAAUCACGCGUGUUACCAGAUGGUUCUUUAAUGGAGAUUACCAAAGUAUAUCCCCUAGAUGCUGUGUUUGACAACCCUGAGGAUGUUCCCGAGGAGAUCAAAACAAAUAAGCGCUAUGCAGGUUCCAGUAAUUGGACUGUCCAGGAAGCCGCUGAAUGUGUGAAAAAUGAUUUUGGCAGCAUUGACAUUCUUGUGCAUUCGCUUGCAAAUGGACCGGAGGUUGUUAAACCUCUGUUGGAGACGUCCAGAAAAGGAUAUCUCGCUGCUAUUUCUGCAUCGAGUUAUUCCUAUGUUUCUUUACUCAAGCAUUUCCUCCCAAUAAUUAAUCCAGGUGGUUCUUCAAUUUCUCUUACUUAUAUUGCUUCCGAGCGGAUCAUUCCCGGAUAUGGUGGAGGUAUGAGCUCUGCAAAAGCUGCUCUUGAGAGUGAUACUCGAGUGCUUGCUUUCGAAGCGGGAAGAAGAAAGGGAAUUAGAGUCAACACAAUAUCUGCUGGUCCACUAAGAAGCCGUGCUGCAAAAGCGAUUGGAUUCAUUGAUAUGAUGAUUGACUACUCAUCAGCCAAUGCACCUCUAGAAAAAGAACUAUCCGCAGAUGAAGUAGGAAACACAGCUGCUUUCUUGGCAUCACCUUUGGCCUCUGCCAUUACCGGCGGUGUUAUUUAUGUAGACAAUGGUUUGAACGCAAUGGGUGUCGGAGUUGACAGCCCAAUUUUUGAGAACCUCAACAUUCCGAAGGCUCAGCACUGACGAUGGUUGGCUGGCUGGCUGGCUGAACGGUAAUCCAAAGUGAUCAUUGUACCGUAGACUACUAAAUGCAGUUAGUUUUGCCACCCAACUCCCCAAGUCACUGAAUCACCGAUGUCUUGGCCAAUGGCCCCCAUUUUGGCAUGAGAGAAAUUUUACGGCAGGGACUAAGAGUUUCCGACAACCUCAAUUCAAAAUGUGUUUUAACUUAAAAUUUUGUGUUUGAUAUUGGUUAUGCUUGUUAGUACUUGUCUAUAAAUUGAGCAGCUCAAAUUUAAGGGUUUUGUACUACA